GGUCCCUGCGCACAGACGUGCCUGCUGCGGGAGCUGCACAUGGGCCCCCUGGCGCAGACGCAGACCCUGCGCGACCUGGAGAAGCACCUCAACGACCUCAAGAAGGAGAACUUCAGCCUCAAGCUGCGCAUCUACUUCCUGGAGGAGCGCGUGCAGCAGAAGGGCGAGGGCGGCCGCGACGAUGUCUACCGGCGGAACAUCGAGCUGAAGGUGCAGGUGGAGAGCCUGAAGCGGGAGCUGCAGGAGAAGCAGCAGGCGCUGGAUAAAACAUGGGUGGCGGCGGAGACGCAGACCAAGGGCAGCGAGGCCGCGCUGCGGCGGCAGUACGAGGAGAGGCAGCGGGAGUCGGAGCACGUCUACGAGCUGCUGGAGAACAAGAUCCAGCUGCUGCAGGAGGAAGCGCGGCUGGCCAGGAGCGAGGCGGACAAGGCGGCGGCGCUGGCGGCGGCCGAGGCGGAGCGGUGCCGCGCGCUGGCCGCCCGGCUGAAGGAGGAGGAGGAGGGCGGCGCGCGCGCCCGCAAGGACAGGAGGAUGGAGGAGCCGCCGCCACCGGAGCUGCGGGCGCCCGGGCAGCGCGUGGAGCCCCAGGAGCCGGCAGCGCAGUCGCUCGGCGCCGCCGUGGCAGGAGCAUCCCCGGGGCGGCGGGAGGAGCCCGGGUCCGCGGCGGGCAGCGGCGGGCAGCGGCGGGGCGGCCCGGCCGUUCGGAUCGCAGGGCGCGGCGAGCCGUGA